AUGCAAAUUUUGAAUGUUCAAAAUAAAAAUUCUUCGUAUUUCGUGGAAUGGAUUCCAAAUAACGUCAAAACUGCGGUGUGUGAUAUUCCUCCGCGUGGUCUCCGAUUGAGCGCCACAUUUCUGGGUAAUUCAACAGCCAUUCAAGAGAUUUUCAUUCGGAUUGCAGAACAGUUCGAAGCGAUGUUCCGACGACGCGCGUUUCUUCACUGGUACACUGGUGAGGGGAUGGACGAAAUGGAGUUCACUGAGGCAGAGAGCAAUAUGAACGAUUUAGUCUCUGAAUACCAGCAAUAUCAAGAUGCAACCGCGGACGACGAUGACGAUGCGGUGCAUUUUGUGGAUUCGGGUGAAGUGGCUGGUGACACGGAAGGUGAAGGUGAAGGAGACAUUGAGCCGCCCACUGACAGUGCUCCGGCUCAACAGCAGCAGCAGCAGNGAAGGUGA